AUGUUACUAUUACCCAGUUGCCAUGAUCUAUUUCCUGCAAAGACUGUUGAGCGAGGACCCAAAGGUUUUGGCUCUACUGGAACCAAUUCUAUAUUUUGUUCCCUGAAUCUUGAUUCUCGGCCCUUAAUAAAAAUAUUUAUAGAAGAAAAAUCAAUUUCUGGCCUUUUGGAUACUAGUGCUGAUCGCAGUGUAAUCAGUAUUAAGGAUUGGCCAAAGGGGUGGCCUAAACAAAACUCAAGUCAGAUGUUAAGGGGAUUAGGAUACGCCAAGGAGCCUGAGAUGAGCUCUCGAUUGUUACACUGGAGAGAUGAUGAAGGACAUUCUGGAGUUUUCCAGCCUUAUGUUAUGGGGCUUCCUGUUUCUUUAUGGGGAAGGGAUCUCCUGAAAGAAAUGGGCUAUGUGUUAACUAAUGAGAAGGAAUAUAGCUCACAAUCUCGUCACAUAAUGUGUGGCAUGGGUUACGUUUCAGGAAAAGGACUUGGGAAAAGAUUGCAGGGAUGA